CUUUACGCUGAGGUUUACUUCGGUGAAUGAAGCGACGGUGAAAGUGACCCGAGCUCGGAGGGAACUGUCUGAACCGUUGCUGUUGUUUUAAAAAGUUAAGUGAAUAACUAAGAACAAUGGAUGUCACGGCAGAGGCCAAGCAGGUUAUGGUCCAGGCGUUGAGUAAAAUAUACAGCUCGCGCACGCAGCGCGGUGGACUCCGUCUCCACCGGAGCCUGCUGCUGACGCUCGUCAUGAGAUCUGCAAGGGACAUCUACCACUCUGCCCGACUGACCAGCGAGGAAAAGCUGCAAUCUGACACACGCGGAGUCACAGAGAGCCCAGCACAAGCAGAAGAGCCCAUGGACACAACGAGCUCCACAGAGACGCAGGCUACCGAGGACGGGCAGAGGUCCGGACUCGAGGGUCAUUCACAGAUACACGACCCCGCAGGACUCGCAGUGGACAAAGAGAACUGCAGCCCGGCCGGAACGGAUCGUCACUCAAGAAAGCGGCGGAGCAAAGCAGCCACAGACCCUGACUUUCUACCGUGCAAAAAAGCCAAGCUGGAGUUCGCGGAGGUCAGAGGGAUUCUUCAGGCGACCCAGAGUCACUGCAGAGCGCUGGACUCACGGUCACUCGUGCCUAUGCCGAGAACUAUUGUCACGUUCUGAAGAGACCAUAACAGCAGUGGCACAACACAAGGACAGCAGAGUCAACUUUGCGCACUAUUGAGGGAUCUCCUGCUGGAGUAUUCGGGACACUUGACUGUUGUGGAGCAGUCAGUGGGUUAUCACUCACAGGGGAACAAUGUGACAGCCGAUUACUCAUCGGAGAGCAGGUUGUUUUGGAAAUGUGUGACUAAUAGUGCUUGUUCAAGCUACCGUGAUUCAGGACGUGACGCGGUACUAUUACCUCUACGAGAAGUGUGACUGACAGGACUUCCACGGAUAUUCAUGUUCAUAACUUUUUUAUUUUAUAUUUAUUUAUUGACCACGAAUGGUUUCUGGUUGUUCUGUGUGUGUGUGUGUGUGUGUGUGUGUGUGUGUGGUUCAGACUGUAUUCGUCUGAUUGUCCAGUCAUUACACUGACUGGGAUUUUUUGUGGUCUUCUUGCUGGAAAAUCCCAAUUAAGCUGUGUUUUGGAACAUUGUAGCUGGUUUCUCACUGGUCCAAACUAAUAGACCAUCUCAGAAAGCAAACCAUUGCAGCUGGUCAGCCAGCCAGUGGUCAGGGAUUUUCCAGCAGGUCAACAUGACAUAAGCUACUACAAACACACAUCAUGAUGUUAUGGUGUACAUCUACCUCACUUUUGUACAAUAAAAGAUUCUAAACCAUCUCA